AUGCUCUCCACCAUACUCGCCUUACCCACACUCCUCCUAACCCUCCACACCACCACCCUCAUCCUCCCCACAAUCUCCCGACUACGCCAAUACGAAUCCGCCAGCAAAACCGCAGCCCAGUAUUCCAACACGGCAGCCGAAAAGCUGCGGAAAACCCAACUUACACAGGCAAGUGGGGUUAUCGCUACAACUAUUUCUCUUAUAUCAUGCUUGUAUUUGUUAUCAAGCCCGAGUAUUCAGUACCAAGGCGUCACAGCGGGGGUAAAUGCGGUAAUAUGCGGCUUGGCAUACGUGCACAUGGCGGGGUUCUGGAAUGAGCGGGAGCAAACGCGGAUUCCACUGGUCAAGGAUUUCAACGAGGCGAUUAGGGGGAGUGAGAAGGUGGUUUUGCUGUUGGGGACGUUGGGGGUGGGGUGGGGAGUUGCGGCGGGAUUGUGGGUGGUUGGCAUGGGGGAGGGUGUGGUAGGGUUGGUGAUUUGGGGGGUGGCGGUUGGGGCUAGGGCUUGGGGGAUUGCGGGGGAGAUGGGGUGGAAGAGGUGA